CAAUGACAGCUGAUUAUCAGAUAUCUAAGUGUUCAAAUGGGCAUAAACUGACUCGCUGCAGCCAAAGCCUGAGACAGUGUAUGCUGCCACCAUACUUCUUGUGCCCAACGCCAGGCUGUUGUGCAGUCGCACACAAAGAUUGUGCAAUUCUAGGCAAACCCAUUUUGUGCAUCUACUGCUCUGCUAUUCUUCAACUAGAUGAGCGUGUUGGUGGAGAACGGAAACCAGUUCCUGCUAUCUAUCAAAUCAAACCAGAUCCCACCAACGUACGACCAGAAUCUACCAAAGUCUCUUCUGAUAAAAGUGCUAACAAAAGCAGAAACUAUAUAGUUAGUGAUGAGUUCAUUGAAAAACACACUUAUAUAAUACAAGUGAAAGAUAGAUCUAAGAAGAAUGUCAAUGAUAAAGAGUGUGCUAAGAUUUCAAAAAAGUAACUAAUUUACAACUCUCUCAGCAGCUGGUUCUCUAAGGACACCUUUUCCACUGUUUGGUGUGUUAGUCAGUGUUGUGAAUUAUUUGUUGCUGAAUACUGGAAUAUUUGCAUGAAAGAGCCAUUUAUUGGGCUCUGAAAAGAGCUGUGGUUACUUUUUGAAGACUUGAAAAGGUAACAAAAAUAUAGCAGUGUGUCAAUUGAAUAAAAUGUGUGAGAAAUAGGAUGUUAUUACACUCUUUGUGAACACACAAGGAUUCACAUGAAAGUGGAAAUUUGCUAUGUUUCCCACUUUAUAAGGUACAGUUUCUGAUAAAUGUCAUGCAUAUUAUGUUUUCAUGGGUCUUUUCAUGUCAUCUUGUAAUUUCAGAAAAUAUGACUGUAGCAGAAAACAGUUAAAGAAUGGGAGAUUAUAAUUUUCAAAUAAAAAUACAUGCUGUGAUAUUUGUUG